GUCUCUCUCUUUUUUUUUCUUUUUUUUUUUUUUUUUUACUUGAAUCCUUUUUUUUUUUUUUUUUUUGGUGUCAUUUUUAAGCGUGUUGUUUGCAGCGUGUGCACGGAGGUUGGAUUUUUUUUUGGUUGUUGUCCUUUUUCCGAAGCGUCAUUCAGUGGCUGGAUGGCGUGGGACAGGUGUAACCAGCAGGACUCGGUGUGGAGAGAAUUAGAGUGUGCUGCCUUGGUUGGCGAAGACCAGCCCCUCUGCCCGGACCUACCCGAACUUGACCUCUCCGAGCUGGACGUCAGCGACCUGGACGCCGAUGGCUUCCUGGGCGGCCUCAAGUGGUACAGCGACCAAUCGGAGAUCAUUUCCGCUCAGUAUGGCAACGAGGCCUCCAAUCUUUUUGAGAAGAUAGAUGAAGAAAAUGAGGCCAACUUGCUGGCAGUGCUUACAGAGACCCUGGACAGCAUCCCGGUGGAUGAGGACGGCCUGCCUUCAUUCGAGGCUCUGGCAGACGGGGACGUGACCAAUGCCAGUGACCAGAGCUGUCCCUCCUCCCCGGAAGACCUGCCCGCUACUCCAGAGGAGCCCGAGGAACCCUCUCUGCUGAAGAAGCUCCUCUUGGCGCCCGCCAACACCCAGCUGGGCUACAAUCAAUACACAGGUAGCAAGGCGCAGAACCAUGCAGCCGGCAGCAACAACAACCACCGCAUCAGACCACCACCUGCUGUCGUCAAGACAGAGAGCCCCUGGAGCAGCAAAACGAGGGGGGUCUCCAGCCAGCAGAAUCGCUCUUUGAGGCGGCCUUGCACCGAGCUGUUAAAGUACUUAACAGCCACCGACGACAUCCUCCUCCACACUAAAGCCAGCGACGUAAAGGGCGGCCACAGUGCCUCCUCUUCGUCCUCCUCGCCGUCCUCGUCGUCCACCUCCUCAUUCUCCUCACUUUCCUCCACUUCCUCCUCCUCGUCCUCCAAGAAGAAGUCCGCCGUGCCAGCUCAGCAGCAUCAGCAGCAUCCACCGCAGCGAGCCAAACCAACCACCUUGCCACUUCCUUUGACCCCAGAGUCUCCAAAUGACCACAAGGGAUCUUCAUCGUUUGAGAACAAAACCAUUGAGUGCACAUUAGGUGUGGCGAUUGCUGGAACCCCAGGUCUGACACCACCUACCACACCCCCAUACAAAGACAGUCCAGAGAAUCUUUUCAAAGCAUCGCUCAAAACCAAGUUGUCCUCAUGUGUCUCCUCAGCUUCGGCGUACAAAAAAGCAAGGCUGGGCGAGUCAGGCCCGGGUGCCGUGGCCCCCAGCGCCUCAGGCGGUGGCAUUGCCAGGAAGGGUCCUGAACAGACUGAGCUGUACGCCCAGCUGAGCAAAGCGUCCACCGUUCUCCCUUACUCUGCCACACAGCAGCGAGUGGCAGGGAGCGGACCGGAGGAGCGUCGCUGCAGCGCUGGUGGACACAAGCUGAGUUCCUCCCGAGGGUACAGCGACCAUGACUAUUGCCAGGCGUCGGCUAGUGUCAAGAAGGACGGUACCACGGCCUCCUGCGCCCCCACAGAGGCUCAGACACCGUGUUGCCCUGCUGCUCCUGGGCUUAUAGGUGAUUUUGGAUUUAAGGACUCAGGCAUGCCGCCACACUCUUCAUCUACUGGUUCUGCUAGUUUGGUCUCCACUGUUGGAGAAAAUGAAGUAUUAAGGAAGAAAUCGCCGACCCCGACCUCUCAGGGCCAGGACCCCUCAUAUGCCGUCAACCGGAAGUUUCUGUAUGACCUGGAAAUCCGAGCAGAACUCAACAAGCACUUUGGGCUCCCCUUGAAAGCCCUGUCCAGUGCCGGUGAAGCAGAGAUGGCUGCGUCCCCGCAGUCUAUUGAGGAUGGCGAUUCCCAUAGGCUACCUGGUUCAGGGCUUCUGUCCCUGAAUGAUGAGCUGGAUUUGGGUGAAGGCCAAGAGAGUCGGUUUCUUUACCCGUGGGAGGGCACCCCUUUGGACCUCCUCUUUGACUGCUCCCCGUCCUGUUCUCCACCAUUGAGCUGCUCCCCCUCCCGAAGCACCCCGUCUCCGCUGCCGUCCUCCCUGCUGUUGUUGCCCGGCGGGUCUCUCCGAUGGAGCGGCGCUGGCUCGCGCUCCCGUUCUCGGUCUCGCUCUGGAUCCCGCGGCUCUUCUUGGCGCCACCGAAGACGCUCGCUGUCCAGCUCACCUGAUAGACACCCUACCUCCUGGUCUCGUCACAGCAAUGACUUCAGCAGUUUUCGUUCCAGAAGCCAAAAGAGCCCCCGGCCUCAGUCUCAGUCUCCUCUCUGUCGCAGGCCAAGGUACGACAGCUACGAGGACUAUCAGCACGACCGACUGAAGAGGGAGGAGUACCGCCGGGACUAUGAGAAGCGGGAGUUCGAAAGGGCAGAGCAGAGGGACAGGCAACACCAAAAAGCUAUUGAUGAGAGACGAGUGGUGUACGUGAGACGACUGAGGUCCGACUGCACCCGCGCCGAGCUGAAGCGCCGCUUUGAGUUCUUUGGCGAGAUUGAGGAAUGUGCCAUCAACUUGAGAGACGAUGGGGACAAUUUUGGCUUCAUCACAUACCGCUACACGUGUGACGCCCUCACUGCCCUCGACAACGGACACACCUUGCGCCAGUCUGACGAGCCCCGCCUCGAGCUAUGCUUCGGCGGACAAAAGCAGUUGGGCAAAUCUCAUUACACUGACUUGGACUCCCACUCAGACGACUUCGAUCCGGCCUCCACCAAAAGCAAGUAUGACUUGUUGGAUUUCGACAGCUUGCUGCAGGAGGCUCAGGGCAGCCUGAGAAGGUAACCUGCUCGCCUGCCUACCUGCCUCUGUUCCUUCCUUACGGUGGCCCGCCUGGGGCUGGGGUGGCGGCUGGGGGUGACUUUGCGAUUACCUCAACGUCUCUCGUUGACGAUGAGACGCUAAGAAGUCUGUGCACUCUCUGUGGAGCUAUGAGAAUAAAUAAUCUACUACGAAGUUUACAUGAACAAUUGCUGCUGAGAGGAUGCAAAAAGGGACGAUGAAAGACGAUCUUCUCCAAGCAUUACAAAACCCAUAAUCCUUUGGGGUGAGGGGGGCGAAAACCGCUUGUUCAAAAAGAUGUAUGUUGUUUUUUUGCCUUUAAAAUCUUUGUUACAUUUUUUUUUUUUCAAACAAAGGAAAUCUCUUAUUGUCUACAUUUUAAAAAGGUAGUUGUGUAUUUACAAAUAACUAUAAAAAAAUUUAUUUUUGUUUUAAUGUACAUAUAUAUAUAUAUAUAAGAAAAUAGUUUUUAUUUGUUACAGCUAUGCACUGUAAAACGCAGCCUUUUUUUAAAGAAGAAAAAACAAAUGUGGGGGUCAAUUUGUUCUUAAUUCAGAAUGUCGGUCUAUAGUAAUGACACAACUAAAAUAUAUGUUUUGCCUACAUUUGCGCCUGUAGGUCCUUUAAACAGCAGAGCACUCCUGUCACAUACUGUAGAAGGUAUUUGUUGUUUUUAAGGACCUACUGCAAAAACGUCAGUCAACAAUCCUUUAUAUACCAGGAGUGCACUGCUAUUUCUAAGGACCUACUGAUUGUUUACAUAUACAUAUAUACAUAUAUAUAUGUAUAUACACACACACUUCUAGGAACAAACAUCAACAUGUAACCAUGUGAUUACAACCCUGGGAUCAGGAGCAUUAUGCCAAAUUAAGCAACACUACAGUAUAUAUGAAUGAUGUGUGUGCACACAUUCAUCCUUUUUCUAUCAACUGGGCGAACCCUAACCAAUUGAACAUAAAAGUAACCUGGAUGGUUACAGAUUCACUUUUAUUCAUAGGACCGUGUUUACAUACGUAAACAAUUGUCUUUUUCAUUUCAGUGAACCUGUAACGGUGUGACAAGAGAAUAUCAAAUUGUAAAGCUUCAGUAUAACCCAUGAAUAUAAACUUGUUUCUUGGGUAAUAAACAUAUGGAAAACAAAAUACACCAGAACAUGAUAGGACUCCUUUAAAGUUAAGUUUAAUAUUACCAUUAGGUACCAUUCAUCCAUCACAGCCCAGAGAACAGUGGAGGGGAUGGAGGAUUCAGGCAGAUUCAGCCCAUGAAAUCUGGGGAAGGUUGAGGUCGAUGCCCAACCAGCACUACUACAGACAUCCUCCAAGUGUGCACUUCUCAACAGGGGCCAAGAUUCGGCCACAUGCCACGUGUAGAGUGGGAAACCACUCAUGAUGAGGGAGUCUGUCUUGCUUGAGCAAAGAUAAGAUAGAUGAGGUCAACUAUCCAGUUGGAUAGGCGUUGCUUGCCAACAAGUCUGCACAACGUUGCUCUACCAUUUAAAAGCACAACAGGUUAUCAACUGUACAAUGGCAGUGUGCUUUGGCUAUAUGUGCCUUCAUGGCCCUCACAGGACACAUAUUGUAGCCUUUUUGUUUCCUCAGACUAAUAUGGCGGUGGAUAAUGAGAUUUCAGCUUGGCCAUGUGUUCUUCUGCAACACUUCGGGAUGGAAUGCAGGGUUUGUUAGAAGAAACACUACCUUGUCCCAUCCCCAAACUGAACACAUCCUGUACUAACAGAGAGAGCAACCAGCUUGCUCACUCUCGCAACUAAUGCAAUAGCAAUUAGAAACGUAAUACUCAGACUAAGGAGACAAAUAUCCAAAUGGGGUAAGAGCUCAAACGGAUGCAGACAAAGUGCCCUCAGGACCCACUAAUGAACCCAAGACAGGAGCAAAAGCCUCUUUGCAGGGCAUUACCUGCUUAAACCAUUCAGGCACAGGUUUUGCAAAAGGAUGUUCCCCAGGUGUCAAUUCAUCUCACCGACCUUUAACUGUGGGAUUAGUUGAGAGAUAACCCCUGAUGGUGGACUCUGACUACCCUUGUUCCAAAAGGUGUUGAAGAACAGCACCACAAGUAAAUCACAGGGUACAGGGUUGCCACCGUUUUCCCGACACCCUCACUAAAUAUCCUCCAUCCUACACAAUAAAUAUGCUGAGUGGAAUGACUCAUGAGGCCUGCAUGGUGUCAAUAUCAUUGAUACUCAACCCCAGAGACUGCCAACACUGUCCACAUAAAGCUUCAGGACUUCGACUCAGGAUGCCAUAGCUUGCCCUGUCCCUGUGAAAGUAAGUCUGGCUUGAUUGGCCCACGCCACGGUUGCCCAUCCAGCAUCAUGUGGGUCUCGGCCAUCCAAGGCAUCUGUGGUCAGUUCUGAGAGCACCUGGUCUGAGACAACCUCACUCUGCCAAACAAGGCCAGGAAGAGGGGGAGUUGUUAGAAUGCAUAGAUGGUCACUUAGUUCUAUGGAAAGCUUAGAGCAUAAUUUUCCAAAGGUCAUGGUCGGCCGGGCAUUGAGAACCACAGAGGACAAUGUGGAUAAUCCUCUGUAGCAAAAAAGUGGACUGUGGCCUGACCGAAGUGACCCCAAAUCUGUCUGAUCACUUAUGGCCAAAGUUACCAUUCUAGAAAGGAGCUCCUCUUGAGAGCUGAUCAGCAUAGCCCUGGUCUAAGUCCACAGAAUCAGGGUCUUUGCACUAGCAUGCAAGUUUUACGUUUUCAUUCCACAUUUAUGAUUGAUGUAGGACACCACAGCUGUCGUAUCCUGCCUCACCAUCACCAGCCUGUCCCUCACCCCUGCGAGGAAGGGUGGCAGGGUGAAAUAAAUUACCCCAAUCUUGAGGAGGUUAAUCUGCCAUGCAUGACGCACAAGGUCCCAAAUGCCUCAAGCAGAUCUUCCUUUCAAGACAGUGCCCCAGCUUGUUUUGGAGGUGUCUGUGGUACUAGCCACCUUGGAUCCCCCUAGAUCCAGGGGAACCCCUUCACUGGAUUCAACAGCUCUCAAGCUUUCCCACCAUGCAAGGAUUUAGAGGCUCUCGCAAGACAGUCUUCUCUUGUCUUUUGGAAAGAAAAUAGGCGUGUGUUCAGCAACCUCAGUCUCUGGUACUGCUAAGCCGACAUUGCACUGAACACGACAAUUCUAUGAUUGCAGAUGCUCGUAUGCGUAUCAAACAGGCUCUCGUUAUGCAGUAGUCCAGAUGAAGCCCCAGAAACUUGGCUGAUCUGCCUGGUAACCCUGGAUCUUCCUUACAUGCAGGCCAAGUUAAGUGAGGUGUGCAAACAUAGCUUUAUUGUUUUUUGGCCAGGCUCAAAGAUGAGUCACACACAAGCCAAUCAUCCCACUAGUAGGAACAUACAGUUUACUUUGGGAAGAUCCGUGGUGACAGCGAGAGACCAAAUGGAAGGACGUCGUACUCAUACGCCAUACCGUAAAAGCAAAUUGCUGGUAGCAGUGAUGGUUCGGUUGUAUAGCUUUGUGGAAAUAAGCGUCGCAAAGUCCACUGUUUUGAACCAGUCACAGCUCCGAAAUGACCUGAAACAAGGACUUCACUUUGAAAAUUUGGAAGUUGAAUACCCAGAGGUAUUUGUUUUGCUCCCUCAAGUCAAGAAUGGGACAUAACCUACCAAAGUGUUUUGAGAUAAGGGGGGGAACAAAACCCCUCCCUCUCCUCCUCUGCACCCCAAGAGCAUAUGGCUCCUUUGGACACUAAACAGAUAUCUCGUUGGCGAGUAUUGCAGCUCAAAAACCACCAAAAUAUUUUUUCACACUACUUUUUGAGCACAUUCAACAAUACAGCAGUAAUAAUAGAAACCAUGAUAAUGUUUUCCAAUAAGAUAAGGCAAGUCAAAAUACAGAACAGAAGAACUGAAUAGAUGAUAUUGGACACCAGGCCAGUACCAGUACCCAAUUCAAUACUUGGUGACCUCACCUUUGCAAUUUUGUACAAAUUUGCACACAUGUGCACAACGAUCAGGAGGAUAAAAAGAGAUAGAGUGUGCACACAUCAUUGGCAUAGAGUGUGGAGCGGUUAAUUUGGCAUAUUGCUCCUAACUCGAGGGUUGUAGUCACAUGGUAUGACUAGAGCACUAGUCAUACCGCUCUUGUCAUAUAGAGGCUCUUUGACCAGCGUUUUUGCAAAACGUCCUUAAAAACAACAGACCACUCCUAUCGUAUAGAGAUCCUGCACUGGUUUUAAGCCCCUACUGCUAGUCAGAGAACACCUGUCACAUAGAGGAUCUUGAACUUUUUGCAGUAGGUCCUAAAAACAGAAGCAACAUCUUGUCACAGAAGAUUCUUGACUUUUUGCAGUAGAUCCUAAAAAAAAAUAACAGUGCGCUCCUGUCAAACAGGAUUUUUGAUGUUGAGACAUAUGAUGAUUGUAAACAAAAAAGGCAACAAAACAGAUGAACACGCUGCUCAUUUCUGAGGGCGCACGUGAACAAUUGUUCAGUUUGUGCUUUUCAUCAUGCUUAAAGAAAAAAUACCCCAUUUUUUUUAAAUGAUUUUUUUUUCUAUAAAAACACAAAGCAAUCACGAUUAUAUUGUGUUUAUAUACUGUGUACAACACAUAUAUGCAAUUUAUUUGAUACGUUUCUCAUUGAUUCAACAGGGAGAGCAAGCGGACUAUUUAUUUUAUGUAUUUAUUUUGGAAUCAGCAAUAUUUAUGGCUGCCGUUGGUCAUUAUUUAUUUGUAAUUUUAUUCAAAAGAAAAUUACGAGACAGGGUGUACAAUAAACAAACAGAAGGCGGUGGUGGGGGGGGGGAAUAAUAUAACCUUCUAUGCCUUUUUUCUGGAACAAUCAAGUCUCAUUUUGGUGCCAGUUUGGUUUCUUCUUCUUUUACUUAAGAGCAAUAAAUAUUUUUUAUUUUUUUCUUGCAGGACUUUUUCCACAUUGCUCUGUUCGCGUUUGAUUCUGUGAAUGCCAAACAAAAGUUUACAAUUUUCUUUCUUGAAUUUUUUACAAAGUAUUUGAUGUACAAUAAUAGAAAUAUUAGUAAUAUCAUUCACGGUAAUAAUAAAAAUGGGGGAAUAUAU